CUCAGAUUUGGAAAGAAGAAAGAUGCGAAGGUAAAGAAAGCAGAAGCCAAAUCCACGCUACAGAGACAGAAGUCCGAGGUUCUGAGUGAAGAGGAGCUGGAGAGGAUGAAAGAGGAGAGAGAAAGGAUCGAGGCGAAGCACGCGGAGCUGAGGGAGCGUCAGGCCAGAGAAAAAGGACCUGAUGUUGAGGAUGAUUACAUGGACCCCAACUACGCACGCAUCAACAACUUCAGAGACAACUCCUCCCCGCGUCACUCCCCCUACAGCAGAACCCGCACCCCAUCUCCCCAACGCCCGCCACCCCACGGCCUCGGCCCCUCCCACGGCAACGAGCCAUCCAAUAAGGACCCCCUGGACGGGCUGUACGCCAAGGUCAACAAGCAGAGACAAGCCCCGCCCAUGGCCGACAGGUGA